AUGCAUCGACGUGUGAGCGUCAGUGGUGGUUACGCGCACAUCGGAAGGAAAGGAAAUGCACGUUGCGGCUCUAACGGCCGUCUCAAGACGGGUCAGGGCAAGUGUUUGCGGCUGGUGGCAGCGAUCUCGCUCAAGCUGGGCUGCAAUGUGGAGCUGUUGGACAAGUGUGGCGCAGACCUGGUCAUCUUCGGCACUGGUCCCAAGGUUCCUGAGAACACCAAGGACCUGUUGGCGCAAUGCGAGGUGGAGUUUGCAGCGGGGGUCUGCGCGCGGCAGUUCGCCAACCGGUGCCUGCCGCCCCUGCCCCGGGGCAUGGUGGUCGUCAUCCUGGAGGGCAUCAGCCAGGAGGUGUCCUCGAAGUGCAACGUCACCAACCCGCUCCACAAUGAGUUCCUGAAAUACGCGAGUUGCAUGAACAAGGUGGGCGACGCGUUGCACAAGUGCAUGAAAAAGCUCACUCUCAGCCUCGACUACAGCGCCAGCAUUGAGCCGCAUCUCAGGGUGGGCCGAUCCUGCUGCAACUUCGCCGAAUACCUGACGUGCUCGGGCGACGCCAUGAAGAAGGAGUGCGGCGAAGAGGCCGAGGAGUACCUCAAGAAGCUGCUCACCCGGUCCGCCGGAGACUUCAUCGAGAUCGCCUGCAUCAACCACCGCACCGACUUCGAGUCGUGCAAGUCCUCUGCCAACGUCGUGGACAUGUCCACCACCCGAAUCACCUCGCUGCUGUCACCCAUGGCCAAGCUCGUGUCCGCCGAGGGCUGA